AUGAGGGCCAUCAUCAACAAGCUGAAGGGCAACCAUGAAAUAGAGUUGGACCCAGAAAUGGCACCAAUGUGUGAGCAUUGCAUCCAGUCCAAGAGUAUGACAGCCCAAAUGGGACAAGGCAGUGAAUGUAGGGCUCUAUCACCCCUCAACCUUGUUCACAUUGAUUUGAUAAUUGAUUCUUCACAUGCCACAGAGCACACAUGCAUGUUAGUGUUGGUUGAUGACCACAGCAAGUAUAUGGGAAGGAGACUAAAGGCAAUACAAUCUGAUCAAGGGACCAAAUGGAGAAGCAAUGAAGCUAUUGAAUGGACAUAUGACAAAGGCAUCAAGUGGCAAAUGACAGUUGGAUACAACAGCCAACAGAACAGACAUGUGGAAAGAAUGAACUGGAGCCUGGGUGAGAAGAUGCAAGUGCUACUCAUGCAGAGGAGACUAUCAAAGAGGUUCUGGCUGUAUGCCAUCCAGGCUGUGGCAUUCAAGAUUAACCUCAUCCUGAGUGUUGACAGAGAGUUUCUGUACCAAGCAAUGUUUGGAAAGCCACCUGAAAAGCUCAUGUGUCUCAUAUGCAUUUUUGGAUGCCUAGCAUGGGUGAACAUACCCAAGGUCAAUUUGGAAAGGAAAGGAUGGCUAUUCUACAGUCUGGACUAUAGUCCAAAUGUGUUUUGGAGCAACUUGGCAAAGUUCAUGGAGUCCAAAUGCUGGUCAGACUGGACAGAGUGGAGGCCAGUUGACAUGCAGCCACCUCCUACAAUAGCAAAUGAAGAAGAUUUCAGUGACCUGGGGUACACUGAAGAGAACCUCUUUGAUGAAAAGGAGGGAGAGCCUCUAAAUGAACAUGUGGACAUGGGACUGAUCUUGGAAGAAAAUGAGGAGGAGAUUGUCAGCGGUCGCGCGCCUGAAACCUGA